UAAAAAGGUCGAUCAAUUUUUUAAAAAAGCACAUAUCAAGUUUUGUCAUCUUAAAACGAAUAAUUCAAAACAGCUAUUGAAUCAUAAUGAAAUUCGCAAUUGUUCUAUUUGUUCUUGGCCUCUUUGUUGUAACCAUUGCCGCCGAUUACACUCAUGGUCAUAAUGGACAAUCAGCGUGUGAAGAUUCAAGAGAGUACAAUCAAAAAUUCCAAAACAAUAAUGACCCUACAAAAUACUGGGUUUGUGAGGAACCCAAUGAGCCUGCAGUUUCGCACAGCUGUGAUGAUGGCACAGCAUACCAGCAAUCAGUGAGAAAUUGCAUUCCCUGGGAACACUGGAAGUGGACUGCUCCCCAAGACCCAAUAACUAUGGUUAUGUAAAAAUAACUGCAGCUUAAUAUUCUAAAUAUGACAAAACAAGUUGUAAGGUCCAAAACAAAACUUAUGAAGAAAUAAAUAAAAACAUAUUUAAAGCAAGAUAAA